AAAACGCAAGCGACGUAUGGCUGAAGUUGGCGCGGAAAGCGCGUUAACUGAAAAAGUUGUUCUUACAGUUUAAUACAACCAGUAAUCAAUUUGACGUAUAUACUAGAAGGAAUUAAGUUUGAUUGAAAUUAUAUUUCUUUAACUGCCCUUUCGAAAAAUGGAUUUUCUUGCUACAGUUCUGGUGACAGCAGGUCAGGUUGAAAUACUGGACCUGAACGAUAAAGUAUCUGAUAUCACUCAAAAGAUAGCUUCAUUAAAGUUUGAAGUAAUGAGUAUGAUGGAAGAUUCAUAUGUUACAUUUAAUGUGCUACAUCAAGAGACAAUUCAGUUGGAUGGCAGAGUGAAGGAACUGUCCAGUGAGAUGAAUCAGAUCUUGACGAGAGUUGAAACUCAGACAAAACAAGGGCUUCAGAACUCAACAGGUGAAUUGGAAAGGCUUUCCACAUCACUCCAGGAAGCAACUAUAACCAUGCAACUUGUUCGUUGGUUGGUUGAUAUAGAUACUGUCAUUAAAGCAGCCAAACAGGCACAGAUGCAGGAUUGCUAUUUUGAAGCAGCCAAGAUGUUGAAGAGCAUUGGUUCACUCUUGGAACAGUGUUCUGAUGCUGAACUUGAAAUAUUUGAUGCUCUAACCUCAGAGAAGGCACUACUUGAAGAGCACUUCCUGUAUGAUAUGAUGGAAAUUUGGCACUCUUGCUUGAAAUGGGAGGAAGUAGAUCCAGAAAAGGGCUUGAAAAAAGUCAUCCUGACGGUGGAUAAAGAAAACACAAUGAAAAUGGAGCAAAUGAUGCAAGCUCUGAAUUACUUUAAACACCUAGACUUCUAUUUGAGGAAAUUUGGAAACAAAGUGCUGAAGUACCUGUUGGAGCCACUCAUUACACAGAAGAGUACUGUUGAGAUCCACGAAGGAAAUAACCUUGCCAUUAUUAAAGUGGAAUCUUAUGCUUCUUCUCCAAAACCACAUUACACUGUUAUCUUUGCUAAUAUAGGGGAUGUGUUUAACUUCUUGUAUUCUCAUUUGAAUGUUGUCAUAGAAGAGAAUGUGACUCUCUUAAAUAAGUUGGGGGAAAUGAUUUCUGAAGAAUUCUGUGCAUUUCUCAUAAAAAACUGCUUAUGUGAUACAAUCCCAAGUCACAGUAAUGAUCUAGAAGCAUAUGAAGUUGUUGCAAAAGCAACUGAAGAUUUUCAAGCUCGUCUGACUGAAAUAGGAUUUAUAAGCUGCAGCAACCAGUCAAUACUUGAAUACGCUCGGAACGUAAAUAUUCUUUUUGCCAAUAAAACUUGCCAGCUUUUGCUAGGAAGAGCACGAGAAAUCAUGAAGAAGAAUUUACAUGAUAUGAUGGAGAUUGGUCCCAUUAUUCCAUCAGUGGAGCUAGUAAAAGAAGAAUCGGUGGACACAAAGCAUUUUGACAUUCUGAAACCAGAAAUUAAGUUAAGCAACAAUACAUUUCAGUUCCCAAAAUGCCAAAUUAGCAAGUCAGCACAUGAGCUGUUGAUGUUAGUGUGCGAGGUACUGGAUGAAGCUGUACGAAGCACAGACUUUUGCGCCAUCAGGUUGUUUUGCACAGCUCGAAACAUCUUUGAACUGUAUAGUGCUGUGAUCCCAACCCACCACAAAAAGUUUCUUGAAACCAUCCCCCAACAAGUCGCACUGUUUCAUAACAACUGCAUGUACUUAGCACAUCGCCUUGUGACAUUAGGUCAUGAGUACAGCAGUAAAUUUCCUGCAGUUCUCAAGUCACACACAUCCACCUUCAUCGAUCAGGUGACAGUGUUACGUGAACUGGGGACUAGCACAUUUCUGAAGUUCAUGCAGGGACAACGAAAACAGAUUCUGGAUAUUUUGAGGAACUCAGGUUUAGCAACACUUGGAGAGGAUCCAAACAUUACACCAAGCAUAGAGAGAGCUGUUCAACAAUGUUUGCGGCAGCUGGAAUUACUCCAGACAGUUUGGAAGGAUGUUCUGCCUGCCAUAGUGUACUGCAAAACUGUAGGUUGCCUGCUGAAUGCAUUGGUUGAAGAGCUCAUAAUCCGAGUAACAACUGUAGAGGAUGUGCCAGCAACCACUGCUGUUCACUUGGUCACAGUGUUCAGCAUUGUGAUUGACAGAGCUCCACAAGUAUUUCAGGAACCCAGCGAAGUGCAUCAGUUUGUAAGAAGAUGGCAGAAGUUCAGAGAACUGGUUCUCAUUUUGGGGGCUAGUCUGAGAGACAUUGAUGACAGAUGGGCUGAUGGAAAGGGACCUCUUGCACAUGAAUUCACACCUGAUGAAGUUAAGCAGUUAAUAAGGGCCCUAUUCCAAAAUACAGAGAGAAGAUCAGCCAUUCUUGCAAGAAUAAAAUAAAGUCUGUGAUAAAUCCAAUAUCUUAUAUUACAUCUUAUACUACCCUGCAACAAGCAUACUACAAUUGUGCACACAAAUUAAAUGUUUAGAUAUUUUGGACAGACUGUAAAAUUACAAGUAUAAAGGACUCAAGCCUGCAUAUGUUGUUGACAGAUGUGUAUAAGACAGAACUUCACAAGUUCCACUAUCCUUCAUUGUUAGAAAUAUCAGCAGAGGUCAAUAAUGAAAUCAGUGUGAGCAGCAGUGGUACUCAGAUUGUAAUGUCUAACCAUAUUAAUGUGAACAAGAUGAUUCACUGCCCAACUCUGAAGGUACUUGGUAGAAGAUUGGACUCCAUAUAUAUAUAUAUAUUCAUUAAAAUGUUGAUUUGUGAUUUUUAACAUAGACCAUGUAGAGAAACUAAUAAAGUAUUAAUAAAAGGUG